AUGGCCACGCUGCGCUUCGGGGAGCCCCCGGCGGAGCCGCCCGCCUUCCCCGCGGGCAGGUGGGCGGGGGGCGGCGGGCCCGGCCCGGCCUCGCCCGCCCUCCGGGCACUUCCCCCGGCGGAGCCGUCGGAGGGGGCGCCGGCGGCCUCGCAGCGUCGGAAGCGGACCAGCUUCACGGCGGCGCAGCUGGAGACGCUGGAGCUGGUUUUCCAGGACACCAUGUACCCCGACAUCUACCUGCGGGAGAAACUGGCCGACGCCACGCAGAUCCCCGAGUCCCGCAUCCAGGUCUGGUUCCAGAACCGCCGCGCCAAGUCCCGCCGCCAGCGGGGCCCGCCCCGCCCCGGCCCCGCCGCGCCGCCGCCGGGCUGCCCGCGGCCGCCCCGCUUCGCCGCCCUGCGCGCCCCGGAGCGGCCCCGCUGCGCCCUCUCCGCGGCGGCCCGGACGGAGGACGGCUCGGCCCCCUACGCGUGGCCGCCGGCCGCCGGUUUCCCCCCCGGCCCCGGCUUCGAGGGCUUUCCGCCCGGCCAGCCCGGCGGGGCCGAGCCCGCCCCGUUCGCGGGGAGCGCCGCCGGCCCCUUCCCGCAGGCCCGCGCCUUCUGCGGGCAGUACUCGCCCGUGUCGGACGCCGAGGACACCAGCGGCUACUCGGAGUCGGGCUCCGAGUGGGAAGAGAACGCGCUCGGCGCCUUCCGCGCCCUCUGA